CCCCUCGCACAGAGCGGCUUAUCGUGUUGUUAUUGUUAGGAGGGAGGGAGAAGGGAUCCAGAGACGGUGCAGAAUAAGAUCUUGCACCCACGGUGGAGGCGGCGGUGAGGUGGACGCUGAUUUGGGCGCGUGUGUGUGUGUGCGUGCGCGUGCCUUGUCCAAGGGUCACCGCGCGCUCCCGCCGUUGGUCGCCCCUGAAGCAAAGUGCCCGCCCGGGUGGUGCUCGGCGAGUCAACGAGGCCGAGUCGAGUCGAGCCGAGUCGCUGCCCGCUGGGCCUGGCCACCGAGUGAGCGCAGUCGCACCAUGUCCCGCAGCCCCUUGGCCCGGCCCGGCCCGGCCGCAACACCAGCACCCUCACCUCCUCCCUCUCCAAACACAGCGGCGGCGGCGGCGGCGGCGCAGCAACAACAACAGCAGCAGCAGCAGCAGCCAUGUCUGAACCACUGAGGGGCUGCUCACUCUGAAGCUGAUGGCAAGCUGCUGGCUUCUGCACCAUGGCCACUCACUCCAGCUUGUACAAUGAGGACAGAAACUUGCUUCGAAUUAAAGAAAGGGAAAGGAGAAACCAAGAAAUUCAUCUCAACAAAGAACCUUUUCUUGAAAAUGCCCCUCUCUUUGGUGAGCCAUACAAGACCAAUAAAGGGGACGAACUUUCUAGUCGUAUUCAAAAUAUGCUGGGCAACUACGAUGAGAUCAAGGACUUAAUAAGUAAUAUCUCUCAGCAGAACUUCAUUGGCAUACCCAAAAGGGCUGUUCCUUUGAUUUCACAAGAAAAAUGCUUACUUGGUUCAAACAAAAGUAAUAGUUCAAUGCAGCCUUCAUUGCACAGCAAAAAUCCACGAUUAAUGGGACCUCAUAACUCUGCUCCAUUAAAAGUUGACUGCUCCUCUCAGAAAAAUACUGCAUUAACAGAACAAAAUAGCCAAAGUUCCAACCAUAACGCUAAAAGUCACAAAUCACUUCAUAAUCGAAGCCAAAAUAAGGACAACUCUUCUAAAGGCCGAGAAUCUUGGAACAGCCAUUGUGGCAGGGAUGAUCAGCAAGAAGAUGUGGACAAUCAACCCACGGUCCAGUUAUCAAAAUUGCAAGACUUUCAACCGUUGUUACAGUUGUCCUCGCUUGUACAGCCCUUGUCUCCUCUGACACCACAAUCCCCCAUACAUUCCAGUGCAUUUACCAACUCCAAACUGCAAAGUACCAUUAGCAAAGACUGUCCUCCUUCAAAAUCUCCUCAUGAACUGGGCGUGCACUCCGGUGAUUCUGAGAACUUGUCCUCUGGUCUGAAUGCUCCUGUUCCCAACCAACACGCAUCUCAAACAUUUCCACCAUCUUUGCCGUCGAAACCAAACCUAACACAGCAAAAGCCUACGGCCUAUGUGAGACCCAUGGAUGGUCAAGACCAAGCCCCCAGUAAGUCCCCUGAACUAAAGACGUCUUCAGAGGAUUACAGCGAGGAGUCAUUUAGAAACAUUGCCGAGGUGAAAGUAUGUGCCAGGACAAAGCUAUCCAAACUUAAAAUUCCUUCUCAGCCAGUUGAGGAAACGUUAUCAAAUGAUGUCAACUGUGUUGAAGAAAUCCUAAAGGAAAUGACACAUUCAUGGCCACCACCUCUCACUGCCAUCCAAACACCUAGUACAACAGAACCAUCAAAAUUUCCUUUCCAAAACAAGGACACCCAUGUCCCUUCUGGCUUUGUAGGACACAAAAAAUGUGAUAUUCCACCAAAAAUUUCAGAGUCAAAAAAACUGACGCUUGAACAUGACCUGCAGAUCAGCAGUAGUGAUGACAGUGAUGUGGAUCAGGUCACGGAAAAGCCAGUGCCUACUGUUCCGAAAAGUGCUUCCUUGUUGCCUCAGAGUGAUAAUAUUUUAUCAAGACAUUCCAGUGGUGGCUUAAACAACUUAAGUGAAUCUGGGAAUUCAUCAGGCUCUGAUUCAGAGAGUGAAAGCACCUCUACAGACAGUGAAGGAGCAUCAAGGGCUCCCACUCCUGAGCCUGAUCCUUCACCAGCAAAUAAAUGGCAGCUUGAUAAUUGGCUGAAUGUCAGCCAGUCUGCCAUGCCUUCCAAGAGCCACAGUGAGACAUCAAAUGGGCACAUUUCCCAGGACAGCCAAAGAUCUGAUGCAAAGGAGGUUCAUGAUGAUACGGACUCCAACAGAGAGAAGAAAACUGCAAAGGAAUCUUCCCCAAGCAGAGGUAAACAUAAGAAAUCCCCUGCCCUGCACAAUAGCAAUGAUCAACGACAAAGUAGUGGUGAAAAGCAACCUCAUAAGCCUGUGCCUGAAGAAAACCAAGAUAAUGAAUCUUACAAAUAUGGUGAUAAAAAUCAGCUGUGCACAGAACAGGCCAAAGUAAAAGUAAAAGUUGGGCAGCGGUCAAACGAGAAAAGGGAAACUGAAUCUGUACCCAAGAUUUCAUCAGAGAGGAAAAAGCACAAGAGUCCUAUCCAGAAUGCUCCCAAAUGCAUGGAGCUUACAGAUAAAAGCUCUCUACACUCGGACUUAAGUUCCAAUAAAGAUCAGCUACCAUCCAAUUGUAAUCUACCUUCUGCUACGCUUGUACCUCAGGGACAAGAAAACGAUGAAAAUGAGGCUAACAUCAGUCAAUUGGCAAAAGAGGUAAGCAGGACUACCUACCAUAAAUCUGCUGAGGUCAGGAAUGGAAAUGAGCCAAACACUGGCAAGCUUGCCACUGGGAUGAAAGAUGUAAACAGGACUACCCACUUUCAACCUGCUAAUAAUGAUAAGCAGGUAACCAGGACCAACAUCAACAAAUCUGGCGGCCAGAUUGGGGAGGAGAUUUACAGCAAUGUUAACAAACCCGCUGGUAAGGUCAAAGAAGAAAAUGGUGGAAGUACUAGGAAAGCCACCGAAAAGGAAAGUAGGACUAAACCGAGUAAACCUGUCCUUCAAACAAAGGCCAACAUUCUCAAGGAUCAGGUUUUGUCGACCGCGGGAGUUGGAGGAUUGCCAUCUCCAAUAAGAGAGAGCACAGUUAACUGGCCAUUAGUGGUAAAAAUCGAUUUAAGCUUGCUCUCAAGAAUUCCAUCACCAUCUGGCAAAGAGGGCAAACUACCUAAGAAUUGUGCAACGGAACAUACCAGCCAGAAGAAUAAGGAAGGUUUGAAGGAAAGCAAAGGAAGCAAGACCAAGAGAAAACAUGGGAUUGACGUGGAAGCAAGUGAGAACAAGAAGCAAAGGUUGGAUAAAGAAAAUAAGUUGUCCUCUUCAAGCCAUAAGGAUUCUAGUCAUAAGCGAGUUACUACAUGCUUCCCUGAGAAGGACAAACCAUUUGUACCGCCACUUCCAUCUUCUGCACAGAAACUGGCGAAGGUUACCCACAAACGGCCUGACAGUACCAGUAGUUCUUCCAGCCAAGUCUCCACUAUGAGUGCUAGUAAUACCAAGGUUAAGAGCAGCAUGAAUAUCUCAGCGUCAGGAUUGUUACCUUCAAAGCACAAAAGAAUGGAGGAUAAACAGUCAGGACACAUAAAAAGCAAGGUGUCUUACCAGGGCACUACCAGUAAUACCACUCCAGAACAAUUCCUCCCGAAUGGAAACUCCAAAUCAACAAGGCCUAUACUCAAGUUUGAUGACAAGCUAUAUUCGGUAGAAUAUCACUUGCAGGAAGCCAAAAGAAUAAAGCACAAAGCUGAUGUCAUGUUGGACAAAAUUGGGAAAGCUUUCAACUAUUUGGAUGCUGCAUUGUCCUUUGUGGAGAGUGGAAUAGCAAUGGAAAGUGAGGCACAGCCACCAAAGUCUGCUUACACCAUGUUUUCUGAAACUGUGGAUCUGAUCAAGUAUAUCUUGAAACUAAUAAACUACAAUGACUCAUCAGCAACGCCUGUAGAAAAAAUGUUUGUAGUAUUAUGUAUCCGCUGCCAGUCUCUGCUCUCAAUGGCAAUGUUCAGAUUUAAGAAAGAUACUGCAUUGAAGUACUCGAGGACCCUAACUGAACAUUUCAAGAGUUCUUCCAGGACAGCUCAAGCUUCAUCUCCUCGUGUUGCCAGGAGCACUGGCACACCUUCUCCGCUGUCUCAGACACCAUCCCCUGCCAGCUCUGGAGGCUCCCAGCCUGGAUCUGCCAGUAAUGGUGGAAGUGUUGCCAUUCCACACGCGAUUCAUCAGCUGGCCUCCACCUAUGUCAACAUCACCUCCGUUUUCCUCCAAGGCCAUGACUUGUGGGAACAAGCAGAUGCACUAGCGAAAAAAAACAGGGAAUUCUUCAUGGAGCUUGAUGCAGCAGUUGGCCUUUUAUCCUUGACCAGCAGCAUGACUGAACUUGUACACUACAUCAGACAAGGUUUACACUGGUUGCGCCUGGAAACUAAAUUGCUAUAACAAGAUGCUGAAAACGAUUCUGACAUCCGUCUGUGCAACUUCAGCACCCAAAUCAUGAAUGGCCAGUGUUUUUCUUUAAAUAAGCAAAAGCAAAUUUAAAGGUAUUUCUGUGCAACAGAAACUUUAAUAGUGUAGGUCGGAAAUUAAUUAUGGAAAAAAAUGAACUGACUGUUCACUUUGUGAGCAAAAAUGCAAUUUAUUUUUUCUUGACCCCUCCGAAAUUCAGAACGAUGAAUGCACGCUAUUUGAUAUUUCUUUGUUGAAGUAACUCAGAAGGAUGAAAGGCUGGGAAAGUCCCCUCUUAACAUGUAUUAAGGCCUGAAAAUGGCAGUGGCUGUUCCCUCGCCUUCUAAGCACUGGUGCACAUAUUGUGUAUUAACUGCUUGAAUUUAAAAAAAACAUUUAGCAGCCAAAGAAUGUUGCAGUCUCCAGAACAUUGUUGCAGUGAACUCCCGGAAAGCCUUUGAACACAACGCCUAAUGGACGAGGCACACCGGGAUGGAGGAUUAUAUAAAUGAUUAGGUCUCCAACUGUUAAUUGCGUUCGUAUACUGGGAGCUGUGGGAAAAAAAGACUUUACUUUUGUGUGUUUUUCUCCCCCCCCCGUUAUAUUCAUACUUACUGCCAUUUUUCUCCUAUUUAUUAGAAACAAGUCAUUUUAUUUUCACACUAAGUAUUGCUAGCAAGGAUUUUUAACAAAAUCAGGUGCAGAUAAUGAAGACGGGAUGGGUGUUGGGACAGCACAGGAGGGGGGGAUUGGAGGGGGUGUUAACAUGGAAGUAGUAGUUGGAAUAUUUUAUCGGCCAUUAUCUGCCCUUUGCAACAGUCUAUAUCAAUGCCGCCUAUUAUUGUUCAGCGUGCCUUAGAUGUUCUGCUUUGUAAAUAAGCAGUUGGUUCAGACCAUAGAUGGUGCUGCCUCAUGGAUGUGAAUUAAGGAAGUGUGGAAUUGUGCUGAAAUGUAUAAGACACAGUUACAGUUUGGUUUCAUAUACUGGUCCUUAUUGAGCAAUUGUAACAAUGAUCAUUAUUCACCAUCUUCUGUUCCCUGCACAUCAGACUUGUCCUGAGUAAAGGUGAGCAAAUGUUUUGGGUGUGAAAUUACCCUUGUGAUGAUUUUCUACCUAUUAUUUUAUUUUUAUAAUUGGGGGAAGGGGGGUUUCUUGCUGUGAUCAGGUAGAGGCAAGGGGACAUGGGAAACCCGAAAAAUGUUGCAAUUGUCAAAGAUCUUACUUAUGCGGGCAUGUUCAGAAACAAAAAUCCUUAAAACUUGCUAGCAAUAUGUAUAGUUUCAAGAGAUCAUGGGCAAACCCAAGCUACUGCUCAUCUCCUGUCAUUCUAAUGCUGUAAAUUAAAUUGUCCCAGCUGCCUGGGUUAAAAGCAGUAGAGUCGUGAACUCCAACAACUCCCACUUCUCAGUGUUACUAGAAUUCAUUAACUUGAUUUGAAGUUUGUACUUGCACAGAAAUUGCAUUUUGCUGAUUGGAAUUGCUGCAGAAAUGGCAGAUUUUCUGCAUUACUCAUUACUGUAAACCCAAUUAAAUUAAAAUCCCAACACUGGCUAAAUGAAUGAAGAUUGUACCGAAUAACUAAUGGCAGAUUGAGUAUAGGGGCCUUGCCGUGGUUGUAUCAACAAAAAAGCUGUUACCAUUAUCAAGAAGUAUAGCAAAAUGCACUUUGACUAAAUUAAUUUCAUUUUGCACCUUCCAUCAAGCACAUUUUCACGAGGGUGUGUUUCAAAUUAAGGAAACAUGAAAGUCUGCUUUAUUUUCCUUUCACCCUUUAAAAUGUGUUUCCUGUAGCAUUCAAAACGUUUUAAUGAUUUAAAUCAAGCAAUAAUUAUGGUAUUUAAAUAGAAUUGAUUAAAGUCUUCAGGAACAUCUGUUUACCUGUGUAAGUCAAGGAGAACUGGGAGGACUGGAACUGAUUUGCCUCUCGUGCUCUCUUUUAGCUUGUCUCUUAAGUUGGCAAUAAGGAUGUUUGCUGUUGGCUUCAAUACUUCUGUAUUGGGGGAAAAAGCAGAUUUCUCCUUCCUCUUCUCAUUGCUAAUCACCUUCCAAAACACAUGGAUGUUGGAUGAGGAUAAGCUCUGGUUCAUUAGGAUGUUUCCCUCAUUUCAACCUACUGUAUUAAAUUAAAACAUCAGUAUGCAUCCGAAAGACUAGUCAAUUAUCAGAGGAUGAAAAGCUGGAAGGAGUAAAAGUUAUUAUUCCUUGCAAUAAAUAUAUUGUACGUUUACAUAGAA